AUGUCUGCAGUUGAAAAAGAAUUCGAUCUCGGGGUUGGAGCACCGGAAACGGUCUCAAUUACAUUGGAUAAUUCGGGCCCCAUUGCGAACGAUGGUCAAUAUGUCGUUGAUGGCGGGACAGUAAAAUCUCACUCAAACUGGGGUGGAAACCUUGCCCUCCUGGUGCUUCGUCAAAUAAUCUAA